GCAUCAUUUACGACUACAUCCCAUCAUUACAACCAAAUACAUUGCGAUGUCUUCCAAUGAUAGAUUUCUAGACCGUGUCUUUGCAGCCAAAAGCAAGGAUGAGUCGCGCCAGCUCUACGACCAAUGGGCAUCCAGCUACGAUGCAGAUAUGCAAACCUACAGCUUCACUGCGCCACAAAUCGUUGCCGAAAUGGUGCCAAAGUAUCUCAAAGUAUCUCCGAAGGACGCAGUCGUAGUCGACGCAGGUUGUGGUAGCGGCCUUGUUGGCGUCACACUUCACCAGUCUGGCUUCAAAACGAUUGACGGACUGGAUCUCAGUGAAGGCAUGCUUAAGGUAGCGGAGAAGACUGGUGCGUAUCGGAAGCUGGAAGUCACAGACUUGACACAAAGGCUCAACAUUGAGGAUGGUACUUACGAUGGGCUAACGUGCAGUGGGACUUUCACCCACGGGCACGUAGGACCAGAGCCCUUACCAGAGCUCGUACGAAUUGUAAAAGCUGGUGGUAUACUCGUAGCCACUAUUCUGGAGAGCUUCUGGAAAGAAUUUGAUUUCGAAAUGGUAGUGAAGGGACUAGAAGAACGCGGGAUGGUCGAGAUGUUGGAGAACAAUUUGCACAGUUAUAGGAAGUUCGGAGAUGAAGAAAGUGGAGGCCUGGUGUUGGUGUUGAGGAAGUUAUGAUAUGGUCUUUGUGCACGAUGGUCUCAGCAUAGUCAAGUAGUGUAUCUGAUCGAGCUUCAGAAAAGGGCGCACUGAACAGUCAUUCUGUCGCCAAAUGUGCCUCUACAGUCACUGUGCGAAGCACUACUUUGACCGGAAUCUCCAAGUAUAUCAGACCUCUAGUUGCUAAACCACCCCUAAUCGUU